UCCACUUUCCACAAUCCCCUGUUUUCUCACAACAACAAACAGAUGGGCAUUACCAAAAUGCCACAGACGGCGGUGCUGAAGCAGAUGAUCAAGCGCUGCUCCAGCAUGGGGAGAAAGCAGCACCACCACUACGACGACUUAGCAGGGCUCCCUUUGGACGUCCCCAAAGGACACUUCGUGGUGUACGUGGGUGAAAAUCGAAGCAGAUACAUCGUCCCCAUCACAUUUCUGAAUCAUCCUCAGUUCCAAAUCUUGCUCCAACAAGCCGCUGACGAAUUUGGGUUCGAUCAUGACAUGGGCCUCACCAUUCCCUGCGACGAACACUCCUUUCAGUCCCUAACUUCCACGCUUAGAUGAAC